CUUUGGCAUAUACUGAAGAAAAUUGCUUGAAAGUUUUAACUUGGUCAAGGAUAACUAACUGUACAUUUAAAACCGAAGGACCUGUUGCAUGUCCCACUAUACUUUUCACUACCUAAAACCCCUGGAGGCAUUGUUUUCCCUUUAACCAAACUUUCAGUUUAAUUCCCAAUCAAUAUGGUUCAAGUCUCCCUUCUCCGGAUUUAUUUUGAAGUGAGUCGCUUGAUUGGCCUAUGCAAUCUGCACUUCGAUGCCCGGAACCAGAGAUUCAUCCUAAACCAUGUGCCCACCGUGAUCUACUGCCUCGUCCUGAAUGUGGCCUACCUUUUGAUCCUGCCGUUUGCCCUUGCCCUUCUGACCGGCGAUAUUUACGAGUGCCCAAAUAUGGGAAUGUUCGGGGUGGUCUACAAUGUGGUGGCUCUGACCAAACUCCUGGCCAUGUUGCUCCAGGUCUUCCACGUUUGGACACAGAGACGUCGAUUGCAGAAGCUGGGAAAUGAUCUCAUGGAAAUGCUGCAUAAAUUCCGCUUUGCCCUGGGAAACGAUUGCAGGAAAAGGUGCCUGUGGAAGGUUUUGCUGACGAGCUCCCGGUUUGUGCUCCUAACCCAGCAGCUCGUGUUCCGCGAUUCCCUUGUUCGAUGUGAGACGGACUCUGGUUUAAGGAGAGCCAUGCUUCCCUAUCACCUGGCUGCCAUUGUCUACGCUUUAAUCCUGCUUCUACUGGCGAGCUAUGUGGACUUGACGGUCUACAUGAUGCAGGUUGCCGGGAACUGGCUGCUGGCAAACAUUUCCCAGGAGGUUCAGGAAAUGGUCCAGGAUCUGAAGGCCUUUCCCAGCAGAAGGGGUGUUCCUCGAGAGAUGUGCCUACGACAAAUUCUGCCCGCAUGGCGAAAACUUUGGAGACGCUGCCUCCAUUUGGAUGAGGUUCUCAAGCAGACCGUGGAGGUCUUCCAAUGGCAGAUACUCUUCAAUUUACUUUCCAUUUAUAUUUUCAACAUAGCAAUCUUGUUUCGACUGUGGACUUACAUGACCUUCGACAACGCUUUUAAUAUAUGGAAGGGUAUCUUCUAUGUUGUUCUAUUUCUUACCCAUCACGCUGAGAUCACAAUGCAGUUUUCGGUUUUUGAGAUUAAUCGUUCUAAGUGGUUGGAGCUUUUCGACCGUGUGGGAAAACUUUGGGUAGCGAAUUUUUCGGGAAACAAAUACAAAAACAUCUAUGGAAUUACCUUGUCAAGACAGUUGGAGAUUUCCAUUUUGUACCUGAACCGGAAACUGCAGCUCCAUCCCAAACGUGUAAGACAUCUUCACAUCGCUGGAUUGUUCGACCUGAGUAAUUCAUCCGUUUAUAAGAUGUCCAGAUCUAUAAUAACCUAUGUUUUGGUCCUUUGUCAGAUUGCCUAUAAGAUAUAUGGUUGAGAACGAAUAUGACUUUGACUUUAUGUAAAAUUGUACCUGUACCUACAUUUCGAAACGAAAUUUAUUUUGUUUGUGCAUUAGUAAGUUAUAUAAGUUGAAUUUAAA